CUUCAAUCUUUAUUGACAACUUGUUGACAACAGUAACGCCAGUCAAAAUGAAAGUUAUUAGAUCUGUAACUUUUCUCAAAAAUAUUCGAAAUAUUCGCUUCUUUACGUUUAGUGCACCAGUUCACGGGCACAAAUGGUUUCCUGAUGCGGAGUAUGUGCAGCAGUUCAGUGGUCCAGCUAUAUACAGCACACCUGAAAUGGAGAAAUAUUACAAACCGGUCUAUCAUGGGAGACUUCCACCGGUAGAACGAAAAUUGAAAAAUAUGUGGAUCAACUUUGGCCCACAACAUCCAGCUGCACACGGUGUGCUGCGACUGAUCCUCGAACUGGAUGGUGAAACAGUGUUAAGAGCCGAUCCCCAUAUCGGAUUCUUACACCGAGCCACGGAAAAACUCAUGGAAAAUAAACAUUAUAAUCAAAGCUUGCCCUUCAUGGAUCGCUUAGACUACGUGUCAUCUCUUGCAAAUGAACAGACCUUUGCUUUAGCCGUUGAAACCUUAGCCAAUAUUGAGGCACCCCCCAGGGCGAAAGCGAUUCGAGUACUCUGUACUGAACUUACUCGGGUAGCCAAUCAUUUACUGAAUAUAGCCGGCACUGUUUUAGAUGCAGGCGGUAUUACACCUUUUUUUUGGACGUGCGAAGAGAGAGAAAAAUUAUACGAAUUGUUCGAAAGACUAUGUGGAGCUAGAGUUCACUGCGCUUACAUAAAAGUCGGCGGAGUGUCUCAAGAUCUUCCGAUCGGGUACCUAGACGACGUCUAUGAGUUAUGUAGUAAAAUGGGAGAACGUUUAGAUGAAACAGAGGACCUAGUAACGGGCAAUCGCUUAUAUUAUGCUAGAACGGCAGGUAUUGGCGCUUAUAGUGCUCACGAAGCGAUCAAUUUAGGUUUCAGUGGACCGAUGUUACGCUGUACUGGUGUAAAAUGGGAUUUAAGAAUCAAUCAUCCAUAUGACGGUUACGAUCAAUACGAUUUCGAUGUUCCCGUGGGAACGUAUGGCGAUUCUUACGAUCGACAUCUUUGUCGCCUGGAAGAGACUCGUCAGUCUUUGAGAAUUAUAAAUCAAGUCAUCGAUACUAUGCCUGAGGGCGAAUAUAAAACGGACGAUUCGAAAUACUGUCUACCGAGUAGAGUAGAGAUGAAAACUUCUAUGGAGUCUCUAAUUCAUCACUUUAAGUUGUGCACAGAGGGAUAUCCGGUUCCGCCAGGCUACACUUAUACGGCGACUGAGUGUCCGAAAGGCGAGCUCGGGCUGUAUAUGGUGGCGGACGGCACGUCGCGGCCGUACCGCGUGGGAAUGCGCCCCAGCUCGUACACCCACCUCGCAGGCAUCGCGGUCUUCGGCAAAGGACUAAUGUUAGCCGAUAUAUCUAUAAUUGUCGCUAGCAUAGAUGUAGUUUUUGGUGACGUUGAUCGUUAGAUCUCAGAUACAUUUCAUGAUGGAAAUAAUAAUGCAUAUA